CCCGGAGCGACAGUGGAACUCCAAAGUUGCGCCCGGACCUUGGCCCUGACAGUCGCAGCUCCUGGCGUGAUCCGGCCCGCUGUCCUCCGCCGCCACCCGCUGUCCUCCGCCGCCACCCGCUGUCUUCCGUGUCCAGCCCUCGGCGCCGGCAUGACGGGCUCGCUGUUCAAGGCAAACUUCUGGAACGCGGACUUUCUCAGCACGGUCGGCUAUGACAGCAUCAUCCAGCACCUGAACAAUGGCCGCAAGAACUGCAAGGAAUUUGAGGAUUUUUUAAAAGAACGGGCAGCAAUUGAAGAGAAAUAUGGCAAAGACCUGUUGAAUCUCUCCAGGAAGAAGCCAUGUGGACAGUCCGAGAUCAAUACGUUGAAGAGAGCCCUUGAGGUCUUCAAGCAGCAGGUAGACAAUGUGGCCCAGUGUCACAUCCAGCUUGCGCAGACUCUAAGAGAAGAGGCCAGGAGGAUGGAAGAAUUCAGGGAAAAGCAAAAGCUACAGCGGAAAAAGACAGAAACUAUAAUGGAUGCUGCCCACAAACAGAAGAACUCACAAUACAAGAAGACCAUGGAUGCCAAGAAGACUUACGAGCAGAAGUGCCGGGACAAGGAUGAGGCAGAGCAGGCUGUCCAGCGCAAUGCCAAUAUGGCCAACCCAAAGCAACAAGAGAAGCUUUUUGUGAAACUGGCCACUUCAAAGACCGCAGUAGAGGAUUCAGAUAAAGCCUACAUGUUGCACAUCAACAUACUGGAGAAGGUCCGAGAAGACUGGCAGAGCGAGCACAUUAAGGCCUGCGAGGUGUUUGAGGCUCAAGAAUGUGAGCGCAUCAACUUCUUCCGGAAUGCGUUGUGGUUACAUCUGAAUCAGCUGUCACAGCAAUGCGUCACCAGUGAUGAGAUGUAUGAACAAGUCCGUAAGAGUUUGGAACUGUGCAGCAUUGAAAAGGAUAUUCAGUAUUUUGUGAACCAGCGUAAAACUGGAUAUACUCCACCAGCACCCAUCAUGUAUGAGAAUUUCUACUCUUCUCAGCGGAAUGCGGCCCCACAAGGAAAGACUACAGGGCCCAAUGUAGCAAGGAGAGGACCUCCCCCAGUUCCUAAACGUCUACCAGACGACCCAGAUUACUCCUUGGUGGAGGACUACACUUUGCUCUAUCAGUAGCACCCGUGGCG